CCCAGGAAUAUUUUCCUGCAUGGACAUGACUGCCAUGUGAGGAUUGGAGACUUUGGACUGGCUUGCCGGGCCAUCAUAAAGGAUGAGGAGGAAAAGCCACCCUCCACCUCCUCACAGAACACCGGUGAGAAACGGAUUGAAUCUCUUUUUCUAAUGUGUCUAUCGACACAAGCUCAGUGGUUGUAACAGUUGUUACAAUAUAUAGCUAUGUAAACAUUCAACAUCUCAAAGAUGUAUACAGGGUAUCAAAUCAAAGUGGGUAUAGGUGUAAGUCCUGAAAUCGCCAGUAGAUGGGGUUGUGGCUCUAUGCAUCCAAAUCCCUUUCUAUGACACAACAUUGAACUUGAACCCACAUUUUCCCUGGCUGGUUCUGGUACUGUGUGUAUUUUUGACACUGCUUGUACUCUUUCUGUAGGUUCCUCACACACCACUGGAGUGGGGACAUUUGUUUACGCUGCACCUGAACAACUGGAGGGCUCCCACUAUGAUUCAAAGGUAAAUCAUCUCCAUCAUUUCAGAAAUAUUUGACACACCAAAAUUACUGGGCACAAUCAGUGUGAGUUUUCUACAUAAAACAAACUUUUAUUGAAUUAUAAUGAUGAUAAUAUAACAAUUGUAUUUAUAAACCAAUUGAUACACAGUAAAACAACAUAUAAAACAUAUUUGGAUCACUAUACCUUUUCUUCUGCCCUACAGUCAGACAUGUACAGUAUAGGAGUGGUGGCCCUGGAGCUGUUCCAGCCCUUUGGGACAGAGAUGGAGCGUGUGCGUACACUAGGGGACCUCCGUGACGGGAAGGUCCCAGACUCCUUCUCCCAGGGCUGGCCUGUCCUGGCCAAGUACAUCACACUGCUGACCAGCAGAGACCCCUCUCUACGACCCAGCGCCACACAGCUGCUGCAGAGCGAGCUGUUCAGCAGCAAAGACAUGGUAUGGAUGACCAGGCUGGCUGGGAACGAGACUACUAUUUUGAUAGAUAUGUGCUUGAUGUACUUGUUGUUGAAUUUCAGCUUGGCUGGGAAGGAGACUACUAUUUUGAUAGAUAUGUGCUUGAUGUACUUGUUGUUGAAUUUCAGCUUGCCAUAUUUACGCUGCUAUUGAACAAGUUCAAACACACAUGAGCCAAAUGUUAGUAGUAUUGCUUGGCUAUAAUUAUUUGACCUAGGUCACUUUCAGACACUGCAACCAGGUUCAAUCUGGUACAAAACUACUAAAAGUAAAUAUCAGGAAAAUAAUGUUACACUUUGGUAUCACAGAUCAAACCUCUCCAAUGGCCCUCAUCUCCUUCCAGGUUAUCCAUGGCUUGCAGAGAAGAGUUGAAGAGCAGGAAGAGGAGAUAGUUCAACUCAGGAGACAGAUCAGUCAGCUACAGACUCAGAGCACGCAACAAGCAUCCCUUCCAAUGGACAAGAACUGA